UUCAGGCUACAUUCUCCUCGCUCUUCUGGUGAAGGAAAUUCACCAAUACCUUCAAAAGAUGUCUAGUCUUCUGGAAAACAUCAUUGCCAUCAUUGAACUAUUCCACAAGUAUUCAAAAACAGAUAAGGAGACGGACACAUUGAGCAAAAAAGAACUGAAGGAACUUCUGGAAGUGGAGUUUCGGCCCGUCCUGAAGAAUCCGGAUGACCCAGAUACAACUGAUGUCUUCAUGCACAUCCUUGAUGUAGACCACAACAAGAAGAUAGAUUUCACCGAGUUUUUUCUGAUGGUAUUCAAGUUGGCUCAAGCAUAUUAUGUUUCCACACGAAGACAGAAUUUCCAGAAAUCAGGGAGAAAGCAGAAGUAUAGACACCAUUAUGGAGAUGAAGAAGGUGAUACAGAAGAAGAGCAUAGAGAGGAAAAAAAUACAAAGUCCAGACAUUCAAGAAGGAGGGAAGAAAAGGAACAGGAAAGAUCAAAGAGUGAAAAACUAAAAGGGAGAAGCAAACACAAGGUUAAUUCUGAAAGUCAAGAAACAAGAAAUACUAGAUCUGAUGUGAGACAAAGCCAUGAAAAUAAGAAACCACACCAUAAGUCUAGGGAGGAAAAAAGGAGAAGGUCAAGCUCUCCUGAAAUAAAAAAAGAACAGAAGAAUUCAAGUCAGAGCAGGAGCAGGGAAAACGAGGGAAAAAAAUAUGAACACUAUUACGAAAAAAAAAUCAGAGGACAAGCAAAAGGGAUGGACUCAGAAUACGAAAAAGCUUAUCAACUAACUGAUGAAAGGGUAAAUGUGGGCAGAGAUUCUGAUUCGAAAGUAAGGCCACAGCAGAGAGACAGAGCCAGUGAAACAAAUACAGGUGAAGGACGCUACGAAAAAACAGGGAAACAAGAGCCCACCGCCCAGGCAACGGCAGGGAGACACAGGGAACCCAGCAUCGGCCAGGCCAGCGACAGCGAGGGCCUCUCCGACCACUCAGGGAGACACGCGCCCACCACCCAGGCAGCGGCAGGGUCCGGCGUGAGGGGCCAACAUGGGUCUCCCCACGGCCAGUCCGGGGACAGCGCUAGGCACGCCGAGGCCCGCCGGUCCCGGGCCGAAGCCCACCAGCCGGCGGGCUCUAGCCACGCGGAGUCAGGAUCCCGCACCCCCCAGCGCCAGGGGCGCGGCCACGAGCAGGCCAGAGACAGCUCAAGGCACUCCCGGGCUGCACAGGGACACAGCUCCACCGAGUCCGGCAGCGGGAGACACAGGGAACCCAGCAUCGGCCAGGCCAGCGACAGCGAGGGCCUCUCCGACCACUCAGGGAGACACGCGCCCACCACCCAGGCAGCGGCAGGGUCCGGCGUGAGGGGCCAACAUGGGUCUCCCCACGGCCAGUCCGGGGACAGCGCUAGGCACGCCGAGGCCCGCCGGUCCCGGGCCGAAGCCCACCAGCCGGCGGGCUCUAGCCACGCGGAGUCAGGAUCCCGCACCCCCCAGCGCCAGGGGCGCGGCCACGAGCAGGCCAGAGACAGCUCAAGGCACUCCCGGGCUGCACAGGGACACAGCUCCACCGAGUCCAGCAGCGGGAGACACAGGGAACCCAGCAUCGGCCAGGCCAGCGACAGCGAGGGCCUCUCCGACCACUCAGGGAGACACGCGCCCACCACCAGGCAGCGGCAGGGUCCGGCUCCGGGGACAGCGCUAGGCACGCCGAGGCCCGCCGGUCCCGGGCCGAAGCCCACCAGCCGGCGGGCUCUAGCCACGCGGAGUCAGGAUCCCGCACCCCCCAGCGCCAGGGGCGCGGCCACGAGCAGGCCAGAGACAGCUCAAGGCACUCCCGGGCUGCACAGGGACACAGCUCCACCGAGUCCGGCAGCGGGGAGACACAGGGAACCCAGCAUCGGCCAGGCCAGCGACAGCGAGGGCCUCUCCGACCACUCAGGGAGACACGCGCCCACCACCCAGGCAGCGGCAGGGUCCGGCGUGAGGGGCCAACAUGGGUCUCCCCACGGCCAGUCCGGGGACAGCGCUAGGCACGCCGAGGCCCGCCGGUCCCGGGCCGAAGCCCACCAGCCGGCGGGCUCUAGCCACGCGGAGUCAGGAUCCCGCACCCCCCAGCGCCAGGGGCGCGGCCACGAGCAGGCCAGAGACAGCUCAAGGCACUCCCGGGCUGCACAGGGACACAGCUCCACCGAGUCCGGCAGCGGGAGACACAGGGAACCCAGCAUCGGCCAGGCCAGCGACAGCGAGGGCCUCUCCGACCACUCAGGGAGACACGCGCCCACCACCCAGGCAGCGGCAGGGUCCGGCGUGAGGGGCCAACAUGGGUCUCCCCACGGCCAGUCCGGGGACAGCGCUAGGCACGCCGAGGCCCGCCGGUCCCGGGCCGAAGCCCACCAGCCGGCGGGCUCUAGCCACGCGGAGUCAGGAUCCCGCACCCCCCAGCGCCAGGGGCGCGGCCACGAGCAGGCCAGAGACAGCUCAAGGCACUCCCGGGGCUGCACAGGGACACAGCUCCACCGAGUCCGGCAGCGGGAGACACAGGGAACCCAGCAUCGGCCAGGCCAGCGACAGCGAGGGCCUCUCCGACCACUCAGGGAGACACGCGCCCACCACCCAGGCAGCGGCAGGGUCCCGGCGUGA